UUUUAAUUUACAAGUGUUUAAUCUAACACUUCUAUCUCAUUGCAGUUGUAAAUUCAAAAUAGUUUGACACUAUUUAAAGUGCUCAAUUUGCUCUCAAAAUUUGUUCGAAUGAAAAAUCAUCUAUACAAAACUCAAACUAUUAUUAUUUCGUUCAUUCUAAAAAUUGUCCAAACUUCUUUGAUUCGAAAUUGUAGAUUUUAUGACCAAAUGUUGGACUUCAUAAGCUCUUAUUACCAAAUUUGUUUUCCAAAUAUUCAAAUGUUAAUAAUCUUCAAAUGCUUCUCUGAAUUCUUCAUAUUCUGAUUCAUUGAACUUUGAAGGACUUAUUGUAAGAAGGAACUUUUCUAAUUCUUCAAAUAAGCCAUCUGGAAUAACAAUAUCGUUUAAGUCUUUUUCAAAUACGGUUGGGCUAUUCUGCAAUGUUUUGAGAGGAUUCUUAAUAAUGUACUCACUAAUCUUGCAUAUAUAUGAGUAGCCAUAAUCUUCAGUAGAAUCUAAAAUUUUCUCAAUUUCUUCGGGAGUAAAGAACGAUUCCAAAUUAGGAACAUCAUUCUUGAGCAUAGAGAGUCUUUCAUCUCUGUUCGAAAGUUUGCAAUAAAUUCUCUUAUUGGCUUUCCUUACUAUAGAAUCUCUAACAUUCCAAGGAGACUCAGUUGUUAGAAUAGUAAUAUAAUGAGGGGAUCAGGAAUCCCUCCAGUUAUUAUUAAAAACUGAGUUCAGGCUCUCCUUAUGCAAUCAUCAGGAUCUACAGUUAAAUUUUCAAUAUUUCUAAUGCAGAUGAUCUUGUUUUAUUAAUCUGAAUUUUCUGCGUAAGUGCUGAUCAUCCAUUCUUCAAAGGUCUGGGAUUCAUCUGGUCUAAUUGUGUUCCAUUCAUCUUCCGACUUCGGUCAAUCAAUUGCGACAACUCUUCAAUCUGCUUCUUUAACAACCAUUUUAAUUAGAUAGUCUUUUCCAGAACCUUUAGGGCCAUAUAACAAAAGAGUUUUAGGCCAUAGAUGAGGGGAUUCUUGCAGUAGUGUUAUUCCUUCAAGAAGAUCACGUUUUCCCUCCUCUUUACCAAUUAUGUAAUCGAGAGGUUGCUUUUCUUUAUUCUGGACUUUCUCAGAAGUACCCAAUAUGUCAGCACUUUGGUCUUCAUUGGGGUCAUCACUUAAAAUUUUAGGAGGUGACUUUGAUUCUUCC